UUCUCUCCGAGUGUUUUACACAAUUAAAAGUGGAGUAAAAGCGGGAUCAGAGCGCAGCGUGGAGCUGAAUGAAGGAGAAAACUCCGCUUCUACCGACACCAGUACCGAACUCGAGCUUUAGAUCCGCGCGGGACCACACACACACACACACACACACACACACACACACACACACACACACACACACACACACACACACACACGGACACACACACACACACGGGGACACACACUAAGCGCGUGCAUGCGCGUGCGUGAGGAGUUUAAACCGGUGAGAGAAAUCUCCUCAGACUGAUCCGCGCUCAUCACGGAGGAUCUAACCCGACUUUACCCGCCGCUGCGUUCUCUGACGUGCAUCACUGAACCAUGGAGUGACGCGGCGCGUGUGGAGCGCUCGUUACUUUACUUCGUCUGAAGCCUCGUAACCCGACAUGGCCGACCCCGGAAUGAUGAGUCUCUUCGGGGACGAUGGGAAUUUAUUCUCGGACGGUCUGGAAGGCCUCGGGGAUUGUGGGUACUCGUCCCAGGGCCAGGCCAACCCCAUGAACCAGCAGAUGCCACACGAGCACCAGGCGUACAACCAGCUUCCCACGUCCAUGCACAUGAACGCCACGCCUUCCGUUCCGGCACAGCCCAAACUGGGCCAACAUUACGACCCUUUCUCCCAGUACGACCCUCAGGGGGGGCGCAUGAUGACCAACGGGCCCGUUAACGGUAUACCCUCGCCUCAUUCUCGCUACCACGGAGGGAACGGCGCCGCCGGAGCGGGGCACCACGUCUACCCGGGGGCGCAGGGGGACGGGAGAGGGCCGGCGGGAGGCGCGGCGCAGUCGUUUCCUGACGGAGGGGCGUCGGCGGGGGGCAGCUGGGCCCCCCAGGCCAUGCAGAUGCCCGAACAGAACCGGCCCUCGUUUCAGCAGCAGCAGCCUCAGCAGCAGCAGCAGCAGCAGCAGGUUCACGGGCAUCAAAUGGGGCCCUACAUGGGGCGCCCGGAGUUCGGUGGCAUGCAGGGGCACAAUCAGACUCAGACGCCUCCCAGGAUGAACCACUUCUCGCAGGGCAUGGCUCAGGAUGCCAAUCGCUUCAUGGGGCACAUGCAGCCCAACAUGGCGGCGCCGGCCAUGCGGCACCCGUCUCAGACGCCGCAUCAGCAGCACCAACCCGGGCAGCAUUUCCUCCACCGCCCGGUGCACCCGGACUCCCAGUUCCCCCAGAGCCCAUCCAAGCAGCAGCAGCAGCAGCAGGUGAUGGGUGGCAGAGGGCAUCAGAACAUGGCGUUCGGCAUCAACAACCAGCAAGUCACCAGCAACAGUGUGAACAGCUCAGGUCAAUACCCCCCGUACCCCCAGUACAGCGCCCUGAAUCAGGGAUUACCCAGCGCCGCAGGGAUCAGUCCCAGUAUGAGCCUUAGCACCAGCAGCAACUCCAACGUUCAGUGUUACCCCAACCCCGGUGCCCCCCAGUGUUACCCCGUCAACCAGAUGCCCCCGCAGCCUAUGCACCCGGGACCCAACCCGCCCAAGAUGCCUCAGCAGCAGCAGCAGCAGCCGCAGCAACACCUCGCUCCUCCUCAGGGAUCGUACCCCUCUCAGCCCUCCAUGUCUCCCAUGAGGAACCUGGGGGGCAACCCGACCGGGACCCCGCCCCCGCAGCGGCCCCACCCCCAGCAGCUCCCCCACCCGCCGGCGCAGAUGUUCGGCACCCUGUCGCCCAAUCACAGAGCGAUGAGCGCGCCGGGCCACGCCGAGGCUCAGGUGCACCCGCAGCAGCUGCAGACGCCCGCGCUGCCCUUCCAGCAGGCGCAGCAGGUGCAGCAGGUGAGGUCUCCGCCCGCGCUUCCUGUUACCCAGCAGCCCCUGGGCUCGUCUUCCCCCCAGCCGGCCAACUGGGCCCCUAACGCACACCAGUCACCGCCAGCCAACCACCACCAAGUGCCUCCUCACAUACAGCAUUCACCGUCAGACCCGUCCUCAGACAUGACCUCUCCCAGCAAGCUGUCGGGCUCGAACCUUCAGCAGGGAGGCUGCGACGCACAGCUGACCGACGGCGAGCAGAAGCCCAAGAAAAAGAAGAAGAAGAAAGUGAAGGCGGGCGAGGAACCUGGAGAGCAGGAUCUGGACGUUAGCCUGGACGCCAGUGGAUCAGUAGGUCCGGACGGAGAUGCUGGAGGAUCUUCUCCUCCUGCUAAGAAAAGCAAAAAGAAACCAAAGGAACCGAAGGAGCCCAAAGCUCCCAAAACUCCCAAAACACCGAAAACUCCCAAAACACCCAAAGAACCCAAGGAGCCAAAAGAGAAGAAGCCCAAGACGACCACUCCAAAGCCCAAGAGUGCAAAGAAGCCCAGCACUAAGAAGCCGGACUCUGAGAGCAGCACUAAGAAGGAAGUGAAGAGGAAGAGGGAACCGGCCGUCCCCUCCGAUACUGAGAAGAGUCCUCCACCUCCACCCUCACCUGAGGAGGAGGACGAUGAUGGAGUUCAGAAGAGGCGCUCGAGUCGGCAGGUGAAGAGGAAGCGCUACACUGAAGAUCUGGAGUUCAGGAUCUCAGACGAUGAGGAGGACGAGGAUUCUCAGGGGCCCAAGUCUCCCUCCACCACCUCCGAACAGACGGAGGUUCCUGAUGCUGAAGGACCCGUGGUGGAGAAGAUCAUGGGGAUGAGGACGGUGAAGAAGCAGUUGGAGUCGGGGGAGGAAGUGGACGUCCAGGAAUUUUACGUGAAGUUCAAGAGUUUCUCGUACCUGCACUGUCGCUGGGCUGAUCUUGAGGAGCUGGAGAAGGAUAAGAGGAUCCACCAGAAAGUGAAGAGAUUUAAAGCUAAACAGGCUCAUAAUACCUUCCUAACUGAGAUGGACGACGAGCCGUUUAACCCGGAUUACGUGGAGGUGGACCGAGUUCUGGAUGUUUCCGAGAGCACCGAUGAAAACGGAGAGCUGGUGACCCUGUACCUGGUGAAGUGGUGCUCGUUACCCUACGAGGACAGCACGUGGGAGCUGAAGGCCGAUAUCGACCAGGGAAAGAUCGAGGAGUUUGAGACGGUGAUGGCACAAGAGCCUCAGCCGGAGCGAGUGGAGCGACCUCCCGCCGGGGACUGGCAGAAAUCGGAGAGUUCGAGGGACUAUAAAAACAGCAACGCGCUCAGGGAAUACCAGCUGGAGGGAGUCAACUGGCUCCUGUUCAACUGGUACAACACACGUAACUGUAUUUUGGCGGAUGAGAUGGGUCUGGGUAAGACGGUGCAGUCCAUCACGUUCCUGCACGAGAUCUACCUGAAGGGAAUCCGUGGCCCCUUCCUGGUCAUCGCCCCUCUCUCCACCAUCCCGAACUGGGAGAGGGAGUUCAGGACGUGGACGGAGCUCAACGUGGUGGUUUAUCACGGCAGCCAGGCCAGCCGCAGAACCAUCCAGGCUUACGAGAUGAACUACAGAGACGAACAGGGCCGCGUGAUAAAGGGGGCGUACAAGUUCCACGCCAUCAUCACCACGUUCGAGAUGAUCCUGACCGACUGCCCCGAGCUGCGCGGCGUGCCCUGGCGCUGCGUGAUCAUCGACGAGGCUCACCGACUCAAAAACAGGAACUGCAAACUACUGGAGGGACUGAAACUCAUGGACAUGGAACACAAGGUGCUGCUGACAGGAACUCCUCUGCAGAACACGGUGGAGGAACUCUUCAGCCUGUUGAACUUCCUGGAGCCGGAGCGCUUCCCCUCCGAAUCCACCUUCAUGCAGGAGUUCGGGGACCUGAAAACCGAGGAGCAGGUGCAGAAGCUGCAGGGCAUCCUGAAGCCCAUGAUGCUGCGGAGACUCAAGGAGGACGUGGAGAAGAACCUGGCGCCCAAGGAGGAGACCAUCAUCGAGGUGGAGCUCACCAACAUCCAGAAGAAAUACUACCGCGCCAUCCUGGAGAAGAACUUCACCUUCCUGUCCAAGACCGGAGGCGGAGGUGCGAGCUCCAGCGUCCCCAACCUGCUGAACACCAUGAUGGAGCUGAGAAAGUGCUGUAACCACCCCUACCUCAUCAACGGAGCUGAGGAGAAGAUCAUGGAGGAGUUCAGGGAGGGUCACCCCGCCGACCUGCCCGAUUUCCACCUGCAGGCCAUGAUCCAGGGGGCGGGUAAACUGGUGCUCAUCGAUAAGCUUCUUCCCAAACUGAAGGCUGGAGGCCACCGAGUGCUGAUCUUCUCUCAGAUGGUGCGCUGCCUGGAUAUCCUGGAGGACUACCUCAUCCAGAAAAGGUACCCGUAUGAGCGUAUCGAUGGCAGAGUGAGGGGGAACCUUCGACAGGCAGCUAUUGACCGUUUCUCCCGCCCUGAUUCGGACCGGUUUGUGUUCCUGCUGUGUACCCGCGCCGGAGGUUUGGGCAUCAACCUCACCGCCGCUGAUACCUGCAUCAUCUUCGACUCGGACUGGAACCCUCAGAACGACCUGCAGGCUCAGGCUCGAUGCCACAGGAUCGGACAGAGCAAGGCCGUGAAGAUCUACCGUCUGAUCACCAGGAACUCGUACGAGAGGGAGAUGUUCGACAAGGCCAGUCUCAAACUGGGACUGGAUAAAGCCGUGCUGCAGUCCAUGAGCGGGAGAGAGAACGCCGCCAACGGGGUGCAGCAGCUCGGUAAGAAAGAGAUCGAGGAUCUGCUGCGUAAGGGAGCGUACGGAGCUCUGAUGGACGAGGAGGACGAGGGUUCCAAAUUCUGUGAGGAGGACAUCGAUCAGAUCCUCCAGAGACGCACACAGACCAUCACCAUCGAGUCUGAGGGCAAGGGCUCCACCUUCGCCAAGGCGAGUUUUGUGGCCUCAGGGAACAGGACUGAUAUUUCUCUGGAGGAUCCAGAUUUCUGGCAGAAAUGGGCGAAGAAGGCAGAGCUGGACCUCGACGAGAUCAACGGCAGGAACACGUUAGUGAUCGACACGCCCCGGGUCAGGAAGCAGACGAGGCACUACAGCUCCAUAAAGGAGGACGAGAUGAUGGAAUACUCGGAGUUGGAGAGCGAUUCUGAAGAUAAACCCGUUCAGAAAUCACGCCGCCCUCAGGACCGGGCUCACGGUUACCCACGCAGCGAGUGUUUCAGGGUGGAGAAGAACCUGCUGGUGUACGGUUGGGGACGUUGGAAGGACAUCCUGUCCCACGGGCGUUUCAAGCGGCCCCUGAACGAGCGGGACGUGGAGAUUAUCUGUCGGGCCCUGCUGGCGUACUGCCUGCUGCACUACAGAGGAGACGAGAACAUCAAGAGCUUCGUCUGGGACCUGAUCACCCCCACCGAGGACGGCCAGAGCCGUACCCUCACCAACCACUCAGGUCUCUCUGCUCCUGUACCGCGAGGUCGUAAAGGAAAGAAGGGAAAGUUAACGACCGCUCAGCCCAACAUGCCUCAAGCUGAUUGGUUGGCGGAUUGUAACCCGGACGUCCUGCUGCAGGAGGACAGCUACAAACGGCACCUCAAACACCACUGCAACAAGGUGCUGCUGCGGGUGAGAAUGCUUUACUACCUCAGACAGGAGAUCAUCAGAGACGUGGCAGAUCGGAUACUGGAGGGAACCGAGAGCAGUGAGUGUGACAUCUGGAUCCCGCAGCCCUUCCAUGCUGAUGUUCCUGCUGACUGGUGGGACGCUGAGGCCGAUAAGUCCCUCCUGAUCGGGGUAUUUAAACACGGUUAUGAGAAGUAUAACUCGAUGCGAGCCGACCCCAGCCUGUGUUAUUUGGAGAGGGUGGGGAUGCCCGAUGCCAAAGCCAUUGCAGCGGAGCAGAGGGGAGCGGACAUGGUGGCAGAUGGUGAGGAUGAGGAUCCGGAGUAUAAACCCAUGCGCACAGCGUUUAAAGACGACCUGGACGACUUCACUAACUCUCCUCUGGAUGAUAAGGAGGAGAUGAUGGAUGUGGAAGGUGGAGAAGCCCUGAAGCCGAGUGAGAACGGUAAGAGCACUAGCCUGUACUGGCCCACCACGUCGGCGCUAACGGCUCGUCUGCGCCGCCUCAUCACGGCCUACCAGCGCUGCAGCAAGCGCCAGGAAGCGGCGAAUAAACCCGACCGCCGCCGCCGCCGCUGGUACAGAGACGAGACGCUGCUGAACAUUCCGGCCGACUGUGGCGCUCUCGGUCUGGAGCCCAAUACAGCCGCCGCAGCCGCCGCCGCCUUUCUCACCGAGGGAGCUUCGUUUGUUAAAACCUCACCGUUUCUGCACGAGAGCGCCGCCCUGCUGGCUGAUGGAGCUGCUUUUUACAAAGAGAGACGCCAGAGAUGGACCCGGCGUGAGGAAGCUGACUUCUACCGCGUGGUUUCGACGUUCGGAGUGGUGUACGAUGUUCAGAAGCAGUGUUUCGAUUGGACGCAGUUCCGUAUGCUGGCUCGGCUGGAUAAGAAGACCAACGAGAGUUUGGAGAAGUAUUACGCCGCCUUCAUAGCCAUGUGCAAACGCGUCUGCCGCAUGCAGGUGAAGGAUUCAGAGAUGGCUGACCCCACCCUGAUCAUCGACCCCAUCACAGAGGAGCGCGCCUCUCGGACUCUGUACCGUAUCGAGUUAUUACGGCGGAUCAGAGAGCAGGUCCUGCCCCACCCCAAACUGGAGCAGCGUUUGCGCCUGUGCCAGCCCAGCCCCGAUCUCCCCACGUGGUGGGAGGCGGGCAAACACGACCGCGACCUCCUGCACGGCGCCGCCAAGCACGGCGUGAGCCGCACCGACUACCACAUCCAGAACGACCCGCAGUUCGGCUUCCUGCAGGCCCAGCGCAAGUUCCUCCAGAACCCAGGGGCAGAAACCGGCCCGGUACCCAACCCCCCCACGCCCGUCGAUCUGACUAAAGAGGAGGAGCUCAAGGAGGAGAAACCAGAGCUCCAGGACCUCAAACAGGAGGUACAGGAGGAGAAACCUGAGGAGGCUUCUCCUGAGCAAGAAGUCAAGACUGAAGAUGAGGAGACGAAGGUGGAGAAGGAACCUGAAGAAGAAAUAAAGACUGAAGAGAACCAGAGCGCUGCUGAAGAGGAGAAGCUGCUGGAGUCUAAAGAGGUCCAAGAACCUCCUCUACCCAAAGAGACUCCUCCUGAGGAGCAGGAGAACCCUGACAGUGUGGAGAACCUGAAAGCCAGCGCUGAGAAAGCUUCAGAGGAGGAGGAAGAGGAGGAGAAGAUGGAUGAAGAUGAGGAUAAAUCAGAGAAAUCCUCCCAGGCUGAAGCUGGAGCCUCGGACAGGAAGAACUUUGAUGAGGAGAGUAACGCCUCUCUGAGCACGGCGCGGGACGAGACCCGCGAUUAUUUUGGGAUGGACGAUGUGGAGCCCUCAGCUUCUCAGAUGUUCGGAGAGAGAUCGGCCUUCUCCUUCUGGCCUAAAGACCGGGUGAUGAUCAAUCGGAUGGAUAAUAUCUGUGAAGCCAUCAUUAAGGGUAAAUGGCCGUCCAAUAGGAGGCAGUUCUUUGAUGUGCCCGGCCUGUUGCCUGGUUACGGUGCCAUGGUGACGGACAGCCCCCUGCCCAGGAGGAGCAUGGGUGAUUUCUCCAUCCUGAACCAGAGCAGCUACAGCGGCAGUGAUGACAUCACCAUGUCCCCACAGGUCAAUAAGGAUGAAGCUCUGAGUCUCUCCGUACCUCGUCAGAGGAGGCGCAGGAGGAGGAAGGUGGAGAUCGAGGCUGAACGAGCCGCUAAGCGGAGGAACCUGAUGGAGAUGGUGGCUCAGAUCCGCGAGUCUCACACCUCCGACGCUCAGCAUCAGGCCAUGGAUCUGACCAAGUCCCUGCACGGCCUGGUUCCGUCCUCCUCCUCCUCGGUGGUGUUCCCGGGUACGGCGGGAGCUCUGAAGUCUCAGAUGGAGCUGCUGCAGGCCGCCGGAGCCUCCAGAGCUAACGGCGCUCUGAUGGAGGCGGAAAUGCCCAUGAGGAGGAGGCGGGGCCGGCGGAAAAACGUGGAGGGACUCGAACUGCUCUUCAUGAACAAGAACAGCCAGCUCAGCACGGAGGACACAAACGGGACCAAAGCUGGUGUGGACGGGGCGUCGGUACCCAGACACGUUCCUGCUCCUUCACCCAAAGAGGAUGUUAAAGGAGAAGAAGGACCGAGCACUAACGAGCUACAGGAGUGGCUGAGGCAGCAUCCCACCUACACCAUGGAUGUCCCGGGAUACAUACCAAAGAGUGACGAGCUGCUCCUCUCACAGCUCGGUAAACCCAAGCAGAAGAGACAUCGCUGUCGAAACCCCAACAAGAUCGACAUCAACACCCUGACCGGGGAGGAGAGGGUCCCCGUCGUCAACAAGAGGAACGGCAGAAAGAUGGGGGGCGCUAUGGCUCCUCCCAUGAGGGAUUUGGCUCGUUGGUUGGUUGAAAAUCCGGAGUUCGCCGUUUCUCCAGACUGGACGGACAUCGUCAAACAAUCGGGCUUCCUCCCCGACUCCAUGUUCGAUCGUCUCCUAACGGGUCCUGUGGUCCUGGAGGAGGGAGUGCGGCGCCGAGGACGGAGACCAAAAUCCGAAAUCGCUAAAGCCACGGCGGCGGCUCAGGCCUCUCUGGCCUCGGCUUCCUCUGCCUCCAGCUCGGGCGUGAACCCCUUCCUGCUGAACGGUCUGUUUGGAGGCAUGGACCUGAGCAGCCUGCAGAACCUCCAGAACCUGCAGAACCUGCAGCUGCUCAUGGGCUUCCCCGCUGCUCUGAGCGCGGGAGCUGCUGACGGCAAGAACGCCGCCUCCAUGCUGCCGCUCAUGCUGCCCGCCAUGGGGGGCCUGCCCAACGUGUUCGGGCUCGGGGGGCUUUUCGGGGCAAAUGUGGCCGCCGGAGCGGCAGCGAACAGCACGGCCGAGUCCGAGGAGACCAAGAAAGACGAGGAGACCGAGGAGAAGAGUGAGGAGAAGGAGGAGGCGGCGGAGAAACCGGCCGAGACCGAGGCGACCGAUGCAAAUGCUGCCGCCGCUGCCACCACAGCCGCCGCCAAUCUCUCCACCAACCCGCUGGCGUUUAACCCCUUCCUGCUGUCCACCAUGGCCCCCGGACUCUUCUACCCCUCUAUGUUUCUGCCCCCCGGUCUGGGUGGAUUAGGGCUGCCCGGAUUCUCCCCGGCGGCUCUGGCCGAGCUCCAGAACGCCAUGAGCGGAGCUUUAGGAGGAGCCGCCGAGGGGAAGGAGGCGAAUAAGGAGGCGCAGGAGCAGGACAAAGCAAACAGUGACUCGGAGGGAGAAAAAGCCGAGGAUCUGACCGGAGGUCCGGAGGAACUGGACUCGCCGGACGCCGGUGAGGACGAUGAGGACGAUGAGGACGAGGACGCCGGAGACGAUAACGACGAUGAUAAAAGCGACUGAAGACGUUCCGAGAGCUUUUAGAGAAUCUGACUGUGACUGAUUCCAGCUGUUUACACACCGAACUGAUGCCGUGAUCCCAGAACCCCGUGAUUCCCCAUCGUUUCCUUUUCUUUUGUUUUUGAUUUUCAGGAACAUGACUACUGCGUGUGGCUCUCUGCAGAGUGCUAGUGUAGGCAGGGGAUCAAACACCAGCAGACGUAGAGAUCUCCAUGUCAGGUUUCUUCUUUUGUGUUGGUUUCGGUCGUUUCGGCGCUCCUGAUUGGUGCUUUAGGGCGGCGGCGACUGAAACCUGAUGGAUUAUUUUAGGAAGUGAUCUGGUUCUGAUCUGGUUCUGAUAGUGCUGUGCUGCUUCUGUUUUUGUUUGAUUUUAUUUUCUCUACUGAUUUUGUUAGGAUGAGGAGACGCUCAGUGCUGAAAAUCCUUUCAUCUGCAUUAAACAAGCGACUGCUGCUGAAAUCCAGUAAUAAAGUAAAAGAAUGAAAUAAAGGAUUCGUUUUUUUUUGUUCUGAGAUCAGACGAGGGAGGGAUGAAGUUCUCACAUAUCGAAUCGUACACUCGGACUGUUCCAGUCUCUCACACUGACAAUCUAUACGGGUGAGGAGACGCGGCGCGGUGCCACCGGAACGUACCGGCCGCUCGGCCUGUGGAGAGACAGCAAUAACCGAAGGCAGCUUGUGAAUGUUCCAUUUUACCGGAAGCGUGUGCUUGGGGGGAGGUGGGGGGGGGUGAGAUUUGGGUUUUGGACUGAAAUGUCCUGAUUGAGGGUCGAAGUGUCUCAUGAUGUCCACGUUAAUGCACUGGCGUAAAGAUGAAAUCAGGUACAUUAUUCUAUUUGAAAGGACGUUUUUGUUACGUUAGUCACCAAGCUGAACAGCAUUACCUCAAUUCUGAACUAGCCUUGAAGUUUACACACAAACGAUGUAAAUGUUGUUUUUUUUUCUCCUCUUUUUGUGUGUCUUUUUUCUUUUUCUCUUUGUUUUUUGGAACAUCAUGUAUGAUGAACUGUAAAUUGCUGCCGACUGACUGUAGUAAUGAUGCUUUUAAUAAAAGUGACUCAUGA